AUGAAGUCACCUAUCAUUUCAGUACUUUGUAAUAAAUAUCUAUUAAGACAUAUCUCAACACUUCUCAGAGAACUGCGUGAUAAUGAUUGUCCUCUGAAUGAUUACAAAUAUUAUUAUUUACAUCGGUACGAUCAGUUUACUGAUUCGCGUAUCAUCAACAAUGGCUGGUAUCACCUGUUGUCCGAUAGAAUCAAAUCGGGUCAUUCUCUUCGAUUCGAUACAGACGAUGCAGAUUUGCUCUGUCAACAGGUCAGAGAUAUCGAUAUAUUUACAGUGGUCUACAAUCACAAGAUUAUCUACUUCACCAAUCCCGAGUGCUUACUAACCGCAAUCGGCUCUGGUAAUAUUGCAGCCACCAGAAUUCUAUUGAAACAACGCUAUCCAGUUGAGAUUUCCAAUUUGUACGACCAUGAAUAUCUUAUCGAAAAGGCUGUAUCAAGCUAUCAAUAUGAAAUGGUGGAAUUCCUAAUCGAUGAAUUGUACGCUCGAGAACCAGACGACCGACAUCCAUCUCUUCAACAGCUAUUCGACGCCAAAGCCAAAGAAACAUCCAUAGGUAAACCAGUUGCCGAUCACCAAAAUUCAGAAAUGGAACUAAUCUUCAAAGCAACAAGAAAUCAGCCAUUGUCAAGACUUGAAUUCAUUCUCAAGCAAUUCCAAGUGAUGUCGACCGAUUCAAAAACGAUAAUGUUGAUACGCACAAUUAAUAAAGACCAAACUCCAACUAUAUACGAUACCGAUAUCGAGAAUAUAAUCAUUAGAUCGACUGGCCAUUCAUAUAUCAUUCCAUUCCUGAUAGACCAUGUUUUUGUCGCGAGUGAAAAGAGAACUGCUUUCUAUGAAAAGCUUGGUGGCAUCACUGACGCAACAGAUUCCAUCAUUGUAGCAUACCAUUUCCGUUUACCAGAUGAACAGUCAACCAAGAGUUUCAAAGAGAUGACAGAUCAUCAUUGGUUUCGAAGUGCAAAGCGUGCAGCUUGGAAGGGCGACGUGGAGAAACUAAAGAAUCUCAUGACCGUCAGUCACACCAAGCGAGUAAAAGCUAGCUACACAGAUGAACUCAUCAAACUAUCGAUAAUUAAUGAGAAACUCAAUGUCUUGGAAUAUCUUGUAGUUCAAUAUGGUGCCAAGACUAAUACAGAGAAUUUCGAAUUGGUCGGUUCGGUUGGUAGUUUCUCAAGUAUGCAGCUAUUGCUGGGCGAACCAUUGCUACUCGGUCAAUUCAAUGAUUUCAAUAUUAGACUGGUUCAUAAAAUGGCAUCGUUAAACGGUCAAACUCAAUUCAUUAAAUCGCUAUACAAUGAAUACCCAUCCUAUAGCAAAGUGUAUUGGGAUGAUACUAUAUUCUCUGGAAAUCUAGAGUUGCCAAAUCUAAUCAUAAUGGUUGAGUUCAUAAAGAUGGCUAUCCAACAUGGUCAAAUAGAGCUAUAUAUAUUCUUUUUAGCGAGAAUACAACAACAAUUUAUUCUAAAUUUAAUACCACCAAACGUUGAACCAAAGUCACUCGAUGACAAAGCAUAUCCUCUGUAUCUCUAUAGACAACAAUUUGAAGAUUCAUUCGUUAGUGAAAGCUCCGACUCGGAUGAUAACAAUAAUAACAAUGAUACUAAUAUCAGUCUAAAGCGGAAGAUGUCCAAUACUGAUUACAAUGAAAAUAAGGAGGAAACCAACAAAUUUGUUAGGUUGGAUGAUAAAUCAUAA